GUGUUAGAGAUGGUCAAAACCUUACUCAAGUCACAUUAUAAUGAAGAAAAUUAUCUUCCAGUUUUGGCUAUUGUGGGAAUGCCAGGUCUAGGCAAGACAACUUUGGCUAAAUCAAUAUAUAAUGAAUCUAAGAUUGAUAGCCACUUCCAUGAAAAAUUAUGGGUGUGUGUAUCCACCCCUUUUGAAGUCAAGACGAUCUUAAGGGGGAUCUUGGAAACUCUGAAACCAGAGAAAGCAGCAAUACAAAGCAAGGACGCGAUUUGUAAAUUCAUUCGAGAAGAGGUAAAAGGGAAAAGAUACCUUCUCGUACUGGAUGAUGUUUGGAGCGAAGAUCCUGAAAAAUGGAAGGAGUUGAGGAGUUGUUUGUUAACAAUUAAUGAUACUCAAGGAAGUAGCAUCAUUGUCACUACCCGUAGUGACGGAGUUGCAAAAGUCAUGGAAACUCUUCCCAGAUGUGAUUUAAGAAAACUAUCAGAUGAUGAAUGCUGGCUCAUAAUGAAGGAUAAAGCCAUUCCAGUUGGGAGUCCUCCUAUGUCUAAAGAGCAGGAGACAAUUGGUAGAGAUAUCGCUAAAAGAUGUGGAGGUGUACCUCUAGUGUCAAAGGUUUUGGGAGAUGUGAUGCGCUCUAAAACAAGUGAUGAAUGGCGAUCAAUUUUAAAAAGUAAAACAUGGGAUUCACCAGAAGGAGAAAAGAGAAUUUUUCCAAUUUUGAAGUUGAGUUUUGAUGACCUGAAACCUCCAUCCUUGAAACAAUGUUUUGCAUAUUGCUCGAUGUUCGUCAAAGAUUUUGAUAUUGAAAAGGAUGACUUGAUCCAACUUUGGAUGGCUCAGGGAUGGCUUCACCCUUUUUCUGACAAAAGCCUAGAGAUGGAGGAGAGAGAACAUGUAUCAAAAUCAAGGAACUUAUGCUCACUUUUUUCAAAUGGAGAAGUCCUUGGGAGCAACUUACUUAACUUCAAAUCUUUACGUGUGUUAAAUUUAUACAAAGCAGACAUUAUGGAGUUGCCAAUUUCAAUUGGGAAGUUGAAACACUUGAGCUUGAAGAAUUUCCAAGGGAAAUUGCAAAUUUAA